AUGGAUAGCCGCGUCUUAGGAAGCUACACAGGCCUUGCGCCGUAUAAGUGUCUCGUUCUUAUGGGUUACCUCCGCCGUCUACUUAUGGACGUUACGGUCUAUACUGUAAGAUGGAAAUCGGGUUUUUAA